GCUCCUAAAAUAAUAAUAGGAAGGAAGGAAUCUGACUACCGGCUAUGGAAGCGCCACGGGGACGCCAUUUACUCCGGCCUUUACUACACUUCUCCCCGCCAUGGAUUCUCCAAAGCCUUUAACUUUCCUUUUCCUUUCUCUUCUUCCAUUCAAACCCUUGUUUUUCUUUUCCAUUUUCUCGGGAAAAUCGUGAUGAGAGUUACACACAAAUGGAUCACUACGAGGUACUGGGCCUGAGCAAGAACGCGAGCAAGGACGAAAUCAAGGAUGCGUUCCGGCGAUUGGCCGUCAAGUUUCAUCCCGACAAGCAUUCUGGCUCCCCCAAGGCGGUCAGAGACACCGCCACUCUCAGAUUCAAGCAGGUCUCCGAGGCUUACCAGGUCCUCAGCGACGAUCGCAAGCGGGCCGAGUACAAUUUCCGAUCCCGGUAUCAAAAUUCUGGCGCCACUGGUAAUCACUAUGGGUAUGGUUAUGGUUACGGUCAUCACAAUUAUGGUAGCGAAUAUCGACCCGGUUCAGGUUCUGGUAUGGGCUCCAAUGGCUUCGUUUCCAAGUUUGAGAAUGUGCUUCGCUACUUAACCACGAGAGCGUUUCUUCUCAAUGCCGCCUUUGCUGGUGCUUUACUUGGUGGGAUGUUCGUAAUCGAUAUGGGCAAGGAUGCCUUGUGGAAGACGCGUAAUUCUGGGAAAUCUUUUGAAGAAACCAUGGAGUCUAUUGAGAAAGCCAAAGCUCAGAAGAAUAAGACAUAAGAUGGCUUCCAUUUCUGUUGUUUGCUUUCAACUUUUGGCUCCUUUCACUGAGAUAAUGACAUACAAAGAUAUACAUGAAGAUGAUAAACAUCAAUAGCAUAGACUAUAGAGUGUAAACUACAAUUCUCUAUAUUGUAUAAUUUUUUCUAUAAAACUGUAAAAGAUUUGUUUUUGUAAAUCUACUAAGUGUGCAUUCAACCCUCCAAUUUUCUUGACCUUAGACUUAUUCAUGUAAAUAGAUUAUACCAGUUUAUGCUAUUACUCAGAAGUCAAUAUUAUACCAUCUUUAACUGUA